GACUGGAGCCAGCGGUCGAGUAGGAGCACUCUCUAAUCAAUCAAAAGUCCCUCAUUUCUCAUUUUCUUCAUCUAUUUUACAAUCACCCUAGUUCACAAGUAAAGAUUGACAAAGAUCAUCAUGCUAACUCCUGCAUUUGAGCUACAGCAAGAUUCAUCCUUUAUUAUUAUUAUCAUCAAAGCACGCUAUGCAAAGGUAUCCGAGACAGAAAUAUUUGUUGAUGGUAGAGAUUUCAAGUUUCAUUCAAAGCCAUAUUUCCUCAGAUUGAAUCUUCCUGGUCGUCUCAUUGAAGAUGGAAGAGAGAAAGCUUCAUAUGAUGUAGAUGCAGGAACAUUUACAAUCAGAAUACCUAAGGAACGUGAAGGAGAAGAUUUCCAUGGUUUAGAUUUACUUACUAAACUGUUAGCACCAUCUGGACAAACAUCAGCUAAAGAACCAUGUAUUGAAGUACUUGGUAACAAUGACGAGAAAGGUCAUGUGACGGGAGAAGAGGACUUUGAUUGGCAGGUUGAUCAGCAGCCAUAUUUUGGAGAUGAGGAAAAGGAAAAAAUGAAUGGACAUGUGUCAUAUGGCUUUGCUAAUAGGAGAAGUGGUGUCUUCAAGAGAUUAAGGGAUGAGAUCUGUGGAGUAGUAGACAUUGAAGAGGCAGAUUUUAUUUCUUUACCAGAAAGGAAGAAAGCUAGGAUGAUGGCAGAGAAAGAAAAGUUUGAUGACAGUCAUUAUCUAGCUGAUUUAUACCAAGAUGAUGCUAUCCAACCACUUCUUGAAUUCAAACCUCCAUGGGUUCAUAAUUACAAGAAGAUGAGAGAGAAGAUGGUCUUAGCUGGAAAAGCAGCAUCAAGUCAAGACUUUACUUAUACUGUUAACUUCACAGAAGACGAGAAGGAGUUGAUGAUGAAAUUGCCUCAUAAAGAAUUCAUCUUGAGUAAACUUGAGGUUGAUGGUGCCUUGCUUGGAGUAGCUGACAUUCUCUUUGCCUAUGCUUACAAUGUACGAUCAAAUGAAGGAGAAUAUUCUGUUGAGUCAGCAUGGACUGUAUGCAAGUUAAGCUCUACUUUAUCAUGCCUUGAUUGGUUCCAAACAACUCGUGAAAUGACCAUAGCUUGCUGCAGGAGGGCGCUGUGUUAUCCCUUGUAUCGAAGCUGGGCAUUAUGUCGCAAGUUACUCAAGGAUGUCAGGAUGAUACUAAGAUUAGGUCGCAAUCAGGUUUUGAAGUGUUUUUUUGAAAUCCACAAACUUCUGUCAAAUGAUGAGCCUCGUUACAUUCUCAAUGAUCUGUACAUUUCAGAUUAUUGUGUGUGGCUACAAUCAAUUUCAAAUGAAAGAUUUUCAGACUUGGAGCAGCAGAUUGGAGAGGUGAAGCUUGAGAAGAAAGACAUUGGCCUUGAUCUGGAUGACCUAGAAGAGGCAGCAUCGAUUGUAGAGAAUGAAGAGUUGAGGCAAAAUGGAUUAGAGCAAAAAGGCCACCAAAAGCCUGGUCACCUUGAUGCUCCACCUCAAGAACUGUCUCAAGAAGAAAAUUCUAUGGAAUCAGCGCAAGAGGUCAUUCAUCAAGUUGGCUACCCUGACCUUAUACUGAGAGACACUCCAGUUCCUGAUGUUGUGACAGCCCAUAUCAUUAGAGCAAAAGAGAUGGUUCCCUUGGGGAGGGAUGAUGCAGCUGUUGUAGAUAGUGAUGAUGGAGAUGACCCUGCUCCUGAUCAAAGUAUUGUGAAGGAAGGAGACAGUGGAGCUUCAUGUACGAUACCCCAAUCUUUCUCUGGUUCAGUCAGAGAUACAUCCAGUGAUAAUCAUUGUACACUUGAAAAUGACUUUGUCAAUAAGGUGAUGAUAUCAAGCAUGGACAGCUCAGAUAGUAGACUAGGUCAAGGUGUGCUCUCUUCAGUCAACAAGUCAGAUUUACCAAACAAUGAUUCUGGAUUGAAAAUUCUGCAUAUUACGAGAAAAGACGCAGAAGUCAGUGAUGGCUACGUUGAAAGUGGGAGAGAGGAUGAGGUUGAAGUAGUAGAAACAAUGCAAGAUAUGUUGAAUCAUCUCAGUUUAGAUCCACAUAUUCCAUCAUCAUCAUCAGGGCUUAAUAAAUUGUCAAGUACCAAAGACAAUUUUCCAGAAUGGGCUGAGACACCACCAACAAAGUUAGUUGAAAUUUUUGAAGAAAAAUGAUUUUUCAAGAGAAAUAAGUAUGAAUAUUUAAUGCAAUGAACUGAAGGAUUAUAACUUGAGUAUUUUGUCAUAAUUGUUCAAUCAAACUUUAACCCCAAUAUGACUGGGGGGCUGAUUCAGCGUCCCUCGACAUUUUUUUGGAAUAAAUCCGCCGCGCAGAAUUUUUUGAUCACUUCGCUUGCUGACUUUUUACUUUCAAAUCUCAUGCAACUUUUGAGACCAAGAUUGCGCCCCCCGGCUAUGUGAUUUUCAAAUCAUGUAACAUUUUGUAAGUGCAUGCAGACCCAAAUUACUAAAAAAUGUGAAUUUGUGUACAAAUCCAAGAAAAAAAUUCUUUUAGACAAAAUUCAGAAAUGUAUCAAAAUGUAUCACUAUUUUCCUUUUACUAAUGAUAAUCAAUUAAUUUCAUCAUAUUUAUGGUCAGUAUAAAGUCCCUGACAAUAAA